AUACACAUAUCGGAUAGUGAACCAAAUUUAGGGCUGACGAAAGAUGCCGUAUCUGUACGGGAUUGCGGACACCAAGUUCCUGGUGAAGAAGAUCAAGAAGAAGGUACCCACCGGAGUGCCGCCCACCAAGUUUCGACGCAACGAGUUCCUCAAGGGUCGUCCGAAGAUCGAUCUAAACGAUGUUCCCAUUCAGUUCCGUGCCUCGCCGGCUUCCCUCGUGGAGCUAUGCGUCAAUGUGGUGGAUAAGCUACCGAUUCCAUCGAUCUUUGAGUGGGAUGACAUGGAUGUAAGGCGCUGGAUCAAGCGAUAUGGCUACCCCGAAUAUAUGAAUACUUUUCGCGUCAACAUGAUUUGGGGGCGAAAACUGCUGCUCGUCGACGCCUGCGCGUUGUCGGCGAUGAACAUCAAGGACUUUGAUCAUAUUCGACAUAUAACGUACGGCAUCCGGAUGCUGUUCCACUUCGAGCUGGCCAAGUUCUCGCGCAGCAUCAGCCUGCCCGACGAGAACCCGAAUGAGCUUUACUUGCUGUUCCACACCCAGACGGGAGUCAACUACGAUGAAGUGCGUCGCUCGGACUUGUAUCGACGCAUGCAGCUGAUACGCGAGCGUUCCAAGAACCUGGACCACUGGGAUCUGCUGUACCUGUGGCUGCGCCGCGAGCGGGAGCACAACUACACCGAGCUUAUCGGCAUGAUACCGCGCUUCAACCUGUACAAGUGCAAGAACGCCCUGCCAGUGGCGCCACCGGAGAUACAUCCGGAGGAUGUCAUGUGCAAGGUCUGCAUUCCGCCCUGCGACUGUAACUGGACCGAUCGUGAUCUGCGCCUGCCCUGGCGUCUCAACGUCCUGACACCACAGCUGACUUUGACCCGGAGCAAAUGGAACGCCAUGGAGAAGGUCUGUACGGUCUGCAUUCCGCCCUGCGAGUGCAGAUGGCCGCCACGCUACUAUCUCACUGGCACGGUCAUCAAGUGCCUGCAGACUAAGUUCCCCGAGAAGUUCUGUCCCAUCUUCGACGACCGCUUGCAUGUCUCGGCUCGGCCCAGUCUGGUGGAGCGUUGGACCCGUUUCUCCAUAUGAUUUUCUGCCUGUUAUGCAUAUUUUCCUAAUGGUAAUUAAACUUUUAUUGUUUCAGCAA